GCCCAUUCUUCCUUUUUAUCAUCAUCACUUUGCAUUUGCAUGAACACUGAGUUGACACAGCAGAAUUAGCAUAUGGCUUCUUCAAGGGCUUCGUUUCUGACAGUAGCGCUUCUUCUUCACGUGGCUGUUUCCUCCAUUUUCAUUUCCAUUGCCACAGCAAUAUCAUCUACCACCUCAAGCCGCUGCUACAGAGCAAUAUACAGCUUCGGUGAUUCCCUUGCCGACACCGGAAACGCUUACUAUGACACUCACACGCUCCCUUCAUCACAAACUCUCGCAUUGAACCUUCCUUAUGGAGAAACCUACUUUCAUCACCCAACUGGAAGAUGGUCUAAUGGCCGUCUCAUCGUCGAUUUCAUCGCUGAGAAAAUGGGUGUUCCAUUGCUGAAACCUUAUCUGGGAAUCAAGAACGGUAAGAUUAAAGAUUGGAACCCAAUGGAGGGAGUGAAUUUUGCAGUUGCAGGAGCCACUGCUUUGGAUUCUAGCUUCUACUUAGAGAAGGGUAUGUAUAAUGUUGCAACCAACUAUUCUCUGAGAGUGCAGUUAGAUUGGUUCAUGGACUUGCUCCCUUCCAUCUGUAAUUCUUCUUCAGGGUGUAAAGAAGUUCUUGGAAGCUCGUUGUUUCUUGUUGGGGAGAUUGGUGGCAAUGAUUUCAAUCAUCCUCUUUAUCUAAAUACGAGUAUAAAAGAAGUCAGAACAUAUGUGCCACUUGUGAUUAAUGAAAUUUCUUCAGCUAUCAAUAAAUUGAUUAAUUUGGGGGCUCAAACUCUCGUGGUUCCUGGAAACCUUCCUCUUGGAUGCAAUUUCAAGUAUUUGACAACGUAUGAAACUUCAGAUAAGAGUGAAUAUGAUGAAGCUGGUUGUUUGAAGUGGUUAAACAAGUUUACUCAAUACUACAACAAGCAACUUUAUGCUGAACUGAAUCGACUUCAAGUGCUUCAUCCCAAUACAAAUAUCAUCUAUGCAGAUUAUUACCAUGCUGUGUUGCCAUUAUAUCAAACUCCAACACAAUUUGGAUUUACGGAAUCAAUUUCAAGUGCUUGUUGCCCGCUUAGAGUUGCAAACAAUUCUAAUAAUGGUGUGUGUUGUGGCAAUCCGGGGGUGAUUUCUUGUAAGGAUCCAUCUCAGUAUAUUUCUUGGGAUGGCUUGCACUUGACCGAAGCAGCAUACAAAUGGAUUGCCAAAGGUUUAUUAAGUGGACCAUAUACUAAUCCUAAAAUUGGUAUUUCAUGUAAUUCAGAAAUAUAGUUACUGCCCCGUCUUCACAAGAAGAAUAGAUAUCUUUGUACUUGUUUUAAC